AGAAAAGCAAAAUGAAGACGCCACUGUGCCACCUGUUUCUGUUGCAACAUGGUUGGUGCCUGACGGUGUCGCUGCUAUGUGGCCCACUACCGGUACCUUUGAAGAGGAUUCUAUAGUUACUACUCUUCAAGCUCCAUAAUUUCUUCACUUGUCUUGAUAUCGCUAAAAAUGAGGAGACCGAGCACUAUUCUUUCCCUGCUUCUGUUGGCAUUGUCGCUGCAGCAUUGCUCUGCCUUUGUCGGCCCACAAAGCACAACCCUCGGGUGCCACGGUCUGGUUUCCUUGUCGUCCACUCGAACUGACACUGGUCCCACGACGGCUGGUACUACAUCUGGUGGCGCAGUAGACCCGAAUGAGUUCAACGUGUCGUUGGAACAAGCCGCUGCCUUGUGGACCGUCUCGGUGAGCGAAACAACCUUUUUGGAACGUCAAGCUGGAAUUCCGUUCAUGGACAGCAAAUCCAAGGACCACUACGUGGACACGAUCGAACUCAGUGUUUCGAGACAAGGUGGCAUGGGACUGGAAUUGCUGGAAUUGGCCGGAGGACGAGAACAAGACGAUCUCGGCAUUGUCAUUGUCGAAGGCGUCAACGGCAAUGCCCAACAAGCCGGUGUCAUUCCCGGUGAUUCCAUUGCGGCCAUUACCAUUGUCACCAACAAUGGCGAUGCCGACGAAUCAUCGGCAUCCUUGAGUUCCAGUGAAAGCGUUGAAAACUUGGCGUGUGAAUGUCGCAACUUUGACACGACCAUGGGCCUUCUCACGUCCCUUCCAGCCGAAGCGGAAUCUGUCGUCUUGACCAUCAAACGACUGCGACGAUGGCCCAAAGUGCAGGUCGUUGUCGAGUAUCCACCCAUUCAGUGUGCCAACCCCAAAGAAAACACGGAAGAAGUGGAACUCUUUGCCGGAGAAAAUCUCCGUCAAGCAUUGCUCAAUCGAGGCAUUGUCUUUGAAGACAGCAAACUCACGCGCAAGUGUGACUUUUGCGGGGGCAAGUGCACCAUCAAGGUUGACUUGGGAAUGGAAUUGCUCAACCCCAUGUCAUUGACCGAAGAAAAACUCAUGAAAAACAAUCCAAAAUGUCGACUCGGUUGCAAAACCAUUGUGGCACAGGAUAUGCAAGAAGGAGUACUGAGGCUCAAGGUCAACUUGGGAGAAUGGACCGACAAGGACAAACGCGAUGCCAAUGUCUUUUUCAGUCGGUAGAUGUUUCGUUUAUAUGCAGAUAUACCGUAUAGCUGCUGGUAUGUACCAGUACCGGUACGGCAGUAUGGUAUGGCUGGAGCAAACAGAAAGCUCUUCCCGUAAAUUCACAAUUGUUUCUGGCAAGCAUUUGGUUUGUUUUCGCAACACAUGCAUUAGGCUGGGACCAUGCCAGAGAGAAGGGAUCUGUUUUCCACGUGUAAACAUACAUUGAUGCUGCACGCUAUAUGUCGCCAAAGUUUUUCUUCUCCUAGCUAUUCUCCGUGUUCCAUGUCUCUCUUCCGCUUGCCUUGGCUGGUCUUCUUCUCUUCCCACACCCUUUGCGACGUUCUUUUGAUUGACUAUCUGCAAGCCUUCCUCCUCGGCUUCAAAACAUUUGUUGAGC